CUUUCUCACACGCACUACACAGGUGCACAACAAUCGUGUUUCCCCACGCUGGCGGUUCUAUAUAUUCACAUACCGCCCCCACUGCCACAAUCGGUUUUUCAAUAUCUUUCUGGGAAAAACAAUCUCUCUGCUCUCUUGCUAAUUAAUCUCCUCCUCAUCAAUGGGUGCUAAGAAGAACCAGAAGGCCGGCGGCGGCGAACAGAAGAAGACCGACGGCGGAAAGAAGGACGGCGAUACGAAGAUUUCUGUUAUUCUCAAGGCCGAUCUACAUUGCGAGGGUUGCGCUUCCAAACUGGUCAAAGUUAUCCGCGCCUAUGACGGUGUGGAGGAUGUGAAAGUCGACAGUGCGACGGGCAAGGUGACGGUGACGGGGAAGGUGGAUCCGACGGCGCUCCGUGAGAAGGUUGAGGCGAAGACGCACAAACCAGUGGUACUGGUGUCGCCGCAGCCGCCCAGCAAAGGCGGCGACAAGGUCAAAGACGGCGGCGAUGGAGGUGAGAAGGCAAAAAAGAAGGACAACAACAAGGACGGGGAUUCAAAGGAGAAUAAGGGAGUAGAUAACAACAAAAAAGCAAAGGAAAAAGAGAAAGCGGCGCCGGUGGUGAAGACGACUGUGCUUAAGAUCAAUCUCCAUUGCGAAGGUUGCAUUCAAAAAAUUCAGAAGAUCGUCAACAAAACCAAAGGAUGUCACGAGAUGAAGCUGGAUAAACAGAAAGAAUUGGUGACGGUGACGGGAUCGAUGGACGUGAAAGCGUUAUGUGAGAAUCUGAAGAAGCACCUGAAGAGGGAGGUUGAGGUCGUGCCGCCGAAGAAGGAAGGCGGAGAGAAGAAAGAGAAAGGAGGCGGAGACGGCGCCGGCGGGAACGAGAAGGCGGAAAAGGAGAAGGGGAAGGGUGGUAAGAAAGAAGGCGGUGGUGGCGGUGGCGGUGGCGGUGGCGGUGGCGGAGAGAAGAGCGUGGAAGAGGUGAACAGGAUGCAGGUUCAAGUCGGGUACCCGUACAUGUACGGGUCGGGUUAUGUACAGGACCCGAUGUACUACCACUACCCUCCUGCGCCUCAAAUGUUUAGCGAUGAGAACCCGAAUGCGUGUAGUGUUAUGUAAGGUGACACUUGCCAACGGAAUGUUUUGGAAUGCGUUAACGAAAGCUUGUAAAUAAAUGGGUUAUUAGGCUUUUUUGUUGGGUUCUUGGAUUUUGUUCAGCCUACUCCAUUUAUUUUUCCAACUCAAUCCAGAAAAAUGCACCGUCUCACCAAUUUUCUCUCUAUCUGGAAACUUGAAAUCGGCAAUACAUAUUUACAAUGCAAAAUGAGUAGUCACAAUUGUUUGUUUAGUUUUUAUUAUUAAUUAAUACGUAGUAUGAAGUAAGUUUUUGACGUUGACUAUUGCCCCCUCCGUCCCAAUUUGAUGUUCGCACUCAAUUCUUUUUAUAAAAAUAAAACUACAUAUUCAGACACUAAAUUAAAAGUUUUACAAUGUCGCAAACACCUGAAUCAAAUUUGAUAUAUAAAGUAAGAGAUUAAGAGUGAUUCGUGUUGAUCAUGUGAAUAAGAACUAGUUUCAUGAAAUUGAGACAGAGAUAGUGCUAAAUACUCAAAUAGUGCGUAGUGUAUUACGGAGUAAUUCAUACCACCCUUCUUCAUUAACGUUGUGUCAUUGUGUGAUUAUUUUGCCUUUUGAACAACGCACCCAAAAACUAUAGCGUGCGUUUGUUAGCUGAGUUUUAAGAAGUGUUUGGGGCUUGAGUUUUGGAUGGAAGGGCUGUUAAGGUAUACGCUCCUCCAUUUUAUGUUUUUCCUUCGAAGCCCGUUAUAACCUCUUUGUUGAGUUCCUCACGAUUUGAAGGUUUUGAGAGAUAAUUAAGCAAAUGUCAACUUUAUCUAUCUUAAUUAUUGCUUUCGUUAUGUUUACGAAGCAUCAUAGGAGGUCACUAAAUUAAUAUAAUCUAUGAAGUAUAUUUCUAUACAAUCAUGGUAUAUUUAGAGCAUAUUUGGUAACACUUAAAAUGGGUUGAAACUCUUGAAUAAUCAAUGAAUAAAGAA